AUGUAUACAGUUAAGCUCGGAGUCAAAGACUACAGCAAGAUGUUUUUUCAAAGACUUGCUCUUGCCUAUAUUUUACCUAAUAUGAUUUUUAGCUUUUUAUUCAACUUGGGUGGGAUAUCCGUAGAUGGUUGUUUGAUACAAAUGUUUUGCCUUCACUUUGUUGGAGCAUUUCAAACUACUUUGCUUUUGUGGAUGGCACUGGAUCGUUACUUUGCCAUAUGCAGACCUCUUUACUAUCAUAAAUACAUGGAAAUCCCUAACUUUGUAAAGUCCGUUGUUGUGCCAGUAAUAAGAAAUGGACUACUAAUUGUCACAAUGGUUUCUCUGGCUGGAAAACUGACAUUUUGUGUAACAAAUGUCAUUGAUCACUGUUUUUGUGAGCACAUGGCAUUGGUUCAGUUAGCAUGUGGAGAUAUAACUAUUAAUAACAUUGUAGGACUUUCAACUGCUUUCCUGAUACCAACUGCUGAUUGUAUUCUUAUUGCUGCUUCAUAUGUUGUGAUUUUUGCCUCUGUGUUUAGAUCUGGUAAGGCCCAAAUGAAGGCCAUAAACACCUGCAUUACUUACUUAAUUGUGAUAUCAGGUAGUUUGAUUUUUGCUCUGAUUGCAUUCAUGUCAUACAGAAUAAGAAACUAUUUUUCUUCUAGUAGUCAUGUAUUUGUAAGCACAAUGUACUUACAUUUUCCAAGUUGUUUCAACCCAAUUGUUUAUGGAGUGAGAACAAAAGAAAUGACAAAAGUUUCUUCAGUUUAG